GAAUUCCAUAUGCUCGUAAGCACUUGAUAUCAUAAGUUGGAAUUUUAAACGAGGUGUUGAUUCUGUGUGUUUGUUUUCCGAUCUAUUCAACUAUUGCGUGUCCAGCUGCUGGCAGCCUUACGUCCCACCCUGCCAUAAGCCUACCUUUGUGAUUUAAUCUAGUUUGGGCGUCCCAUCCAACGACCUCACUCACGAUAUACUUAUUUCUUACCUUAUCAUUGGCAUUCACCUGAGCCUUCAUUCACAGUGCUUCACCCCGAAGACUGACAACUCCAAGACCCUUCAGCUUCAGUGACAUCUUGUUAGCAUCAACACACGGCUUCUCUUCUACUGCAAGUCCCGCGCGGCCUAAAAGUACAGUAGUAUUUUCUCGCCAACCGACAUCCGCGCUCGGCCGAGACAUCCGUUUGAUCCACAUCGCAGCCUCGUUGAUCCUAGCGGUCCCGCGCGUUCGCAAUACUGCAACGAGAUUAUAUUGCAGUGGAGCACUAUCAUCGACGACGAGUCCGUUCGCUUUUUGGGGAAGCGACCUCUUCAUCGUCGGCAGAGUCCACCCGCCUUCUGCGGCCUUCCUCUUCAGACGUCCAGCUGUCCUAUCAUGUCCAUAUCCGCCAGGGCUCCAAGCCAACCACCGGAAAAUCUAUAGCAGUAUCUGUGCUCCGUCAGACCUUACGCCCUGGCCACCAUCGAGAUCUUUUCCGAGUAUCCGUUCACCUUCACUCACCUCCCCGGGGGCAGCGGACUUCGCGCGGCGUCAGGCAAAAAGCAAUAACAAUAAAUAAUACAAUACUACAGUGCAUUAUUGACCUGCCAACCGACCAAAACCGGCAUUUGUCGGCCCAUUUACAGUCGUACCAGUUAUCACCUUACCUACUACGACUACACUACGACCACUGGGUAUAUACCAUCGACUUUCCCGCCCACACUGCCCGCCAUGAGUACCGACUUUCAGCAACAUUCCUCCCUCGAACCUUUCCCUCUCUUCGUCGACUCGGCCCCGCCUAAUUCCGCCAACUAUUUCUCUUCCCCGAUGGCCAUGGCCGCUGUGCAGCUGCUGGCCUCGUCCAGCUCAUCUCACUCCCGAAAACCGCGGAUAUCAAUGCCGGCCAAAGUCUCCAACCAAUUGCGCAUGCGGUAUUAUCAGUAUGAAGUCACCUUUGGCGUCUAUGUCAUGACGCCCACCGAAAAGAUUGUCUUCAACACCAUCGUCCUUGCCAUCCUCUCCGCUUUCCUAUACGCCUUAUUCUGGGGCUUCCAGCCCUUUGUCGUCCACACUGUAUGUCGCCUGAUCUACUAUAUGACCGGCUCCUAUUCCAGCGCGCCCGAGUUGUGUUCAUGAUGUUCGAGAUAUAUGCGACCUGCCGUACACCAACCCUUUUCGCGCCGCACGGUCAUUGGCCUGCAGAGUAUGCCAGUCCCGGUUCGUUCGCGAUGAACCUGCGGCUUCCAUGCGCGGCAGCCGGCUGGCUGAAAGAAUGAAAGGCGACACGGUUCCGGACUGCUUGUGUUUGAAUGCGGAUCGGUGCAGGGGAAGAUAGAAGCCUUGUCAUACCGGUGCUCAGCGCAAAAUGGGUAGCUCUGAAAAGUCUGCCAGCAAUGCCACGAGGCAGAUGCUGCUCUUUUAAGGAGUCCAGACUCAUUCUAUCACUCAUGGCAGCACCCCGCCUGCCACAGUGGCAGGAAGUCUAUCUCAUUUGUUCGGACAGCAGGACGUUCACCGACUCGGCCCAGGAAAAAGGGUCAAGUGUUGGAAACCCCGAAUCCAAUACCCUUUCCUUUGGAGAACGGCGGGAAAUAAGUCCGUGAGGCGCACCUCGGCACACAUCCACAAUUUCGCAGAUCCUAGUCACCACUGCCACUGGUGUAGCGGGAGCCUUUACAUUCUGGCCUUCGACCAGACAGGUGUGCCCUUGCGGCCACCACUUAUGAGACCCACGACCAGAACAAGUACAUCGUACUUUGCUUAUAGCGAGACAGUCGAUUGCCGGCCAGGCCCGGUGAUCCCUUGACAUAAUAUAAUAUAUACUACCCACCCUGGACGGGUAAAAUACAGUACAAAAAAUAUUCUUUUCUGCCUGCAAGCGGAGUAGCCUAG